CUUCCAUUCACCCAACACCUAAGGUUAUUCCGCUCUAAGGUUUUUCUUCUCCAAUAUUAUUUUUGCUCCAGCUGAGCCGCGAUGGCUCCGUCUGCUGCCGGUCUAUUCUUUGCCAAAGCGUCGUCAGCUGCUGCUGCUGUGACUCCUCUGCCGCGGGUCUCAUCAGCUCGUUGCCAGAGUCCGUCGACUCGUUGCCAAAGCCCGUCGACUCAUAGCCAGAAUCCGUCUACUCCGUCAAGUCUGUCUCCGGGCCGGUUAUCCGCUAGCUGGAACCAGAGAGUCGUCGGGAUAUCGGCUCAGCGGCCGUUGCGGAUGGCGAAUGCGGGAAGAAACGCGAGAGUGACGAGCAACACACUGUCGAGAUGCAGCGCGAGUAGUAGUGCCACGACAACCAACACGACCCCUUCAGAAGAUGUGCUGCGGAUCUGGCAGACGGCGGACGCGGUGUGUUUCGACGUCGACAGCACGGUGUGCGUCGACGAAGGCAUUGACGAGCUCGCCGCGUAUUGCGGAGCGGGCGAGGCAGUUGCCGCCUGGACCACAAAGGCCAUGUCUGGGUCGGUUCCGUUUGAAACAGCUCUGGCGGCUCGUCUGGAGAUAUUUAAUCCCUCUGCUGCUGACGUGGCAGGGUUUCUCAGGGACCAUCCGCCAAGGCUCAACCCCGGUAUUGAGGAACUCGUUAAGAGAAUAAAGGCAAGGGGAGCAGAGGUGUUUCUCAUCUCUGGCGGAUUUCGACAAAUGAUUGAGCCUGUCGCCCUUCUUCUGGACAUCCCCUUAACAAACAUCUUCGCCAACCGUCUCUUGUUCGACGAGGGCAAUGGCGCGUAUGCUGGUUUCGACGCGACUGAGCCCACGUCUCGCAGCGGAGGGAAGCCAAAAGCUAUCGCGCAGCUGAAGCAGUCGCAUGGGUUUGAAACGUUGGUCAUGGUGGGAGACGGCGCUACUGAUCUGGAGGCUCGGCAACCUGGUGGGGCGGACAUGUUUGUUGGGUAUGGGGGGGUUCAGGUUCGGAAAGUGGUCGCGGCUGAGGCAGAUUGGUUUGUGAUGGAUUUUCAAGAUCUGAUCAGUGUGUUGUAGUUUCCGUGGUGGGAUAAAUGUCGGGAGACUAGACUGACAUGCGCAAGUUCAGAAAAAUGCAGUGAAAACGAAUGGGUUCAGAGCAUUGCAUGUAUCUUCCUUGUAAGAUCAGUUUAGCC